AUGGCAACUAAAGAAGAACUGAUGGAAACUAUCAAGAGUAUGAGCGUUCUGGAACUGGCCGACCUGGUAAAGGCGCUGGAGGAUGAGUUUGGAAUCUCCGCCGCCGCGCCCGUGGCCGUUGCCGUUGCGCCCGCCGGCGGUGAUGCCGGUUCCGCCGUCGUUGAGGAUGAGCAAACCGAGUUCGACGUCAGCCUGCAGGAAAUCGGCCCCAACAAGAUUAACGUCAUUAAGGCCGUCCGCGAGAUCACUUCCCUGGGCCUGCGGGAAGCCAAGGAACUGGUGGAGUCCGCUCCUGCCCGCGUCAAGGAAGCCAUAGCCAAGGACGAAGCCGAUGGCAUCAAGGCCAAGCUGGAAGAGGCCGGAGCCGUCGCCGAGGUUAAGUAG